GAGGGGACGGAGAGAGUUCGGUUGCACCAACACCGGUACUUAGGUGCGGACCGGCGUGUCCUUGGACUUAGAGAGCGGGACGUCCGGCUUGCGAGUGGGUACCUUCGUUUCGCGCGCGACGAAAGAGCGGGUCCUGGAAGUCCCGGAGGAGACCUGGAUGCAAUACGACUUGAGACGCAAUACGACUUGAGACCCAGACUCUCGUAGUCGGGGCUGAGGAGCUGUGGAAGUGACAAGACUUCCCGAGAUUAAGGGCGGGAAGGCGAGGGACGGCGCGUAGCGCCUCACGUUCUUCUUCAAAGGAAGCAAGAACUGCUGCUGCUCCUCCAAAAAGGGGUCAUUUUCCUUCUGGGUCACCUGUCGCUUUUCCCCUUAACCUGCGUAGGUAUCUCGGGAAGAUUUAAAAAAUGGGUGAUGUUGAGAAGGGCAAGAAGAUUUUUGUUCAGAAGUGUGCCCAGUGCCAUACCGUGGAAAAGGGAGGCAAGCACAAGACUGGGCCAAAUCUCCAUGGUUUAUUUGGCCGAAAGACAGGUCAGGCCCCUGGAUUUUCCUACACAGAUGCCAACAAGAACAAAGGCAUCACCUGGGGAGAGGAGACACUGAUGGAGUAUUUGGAGAAUCCCAAGAAGUACAUCCCUGGAACAAAAAUGAUCUUCGCUGGCAUUAAGAAGACAGGGGAAAGAGCAGACUUGAUAGCUUAUCUCAAAAAAGCUACUAAGGAGUAAUAGUUGGCUAUUGCCUUAUUUAUUGCAAAACAGAAAUGUCUCAUGACUUUUUUUUUAUGUGUACCGUAUUUAAAUUGAUCUCAUACACCAGAAUUCAGAUCAUGAAUGGCUGACAGAAUAUUUUUUUUUGGACAGUCCUGAUUUAAAUAAGAUUGGCUUGUGGUUAAAUGAACAUGAUCAGCUUUUUGAACACUGAUAGUAAUUCUGGUUCAGCAAGUGCUGUCACUUUUCCCCUCUUAAAAUACGAUUGGAAUUGAUUAGUAAUGUUCAGCUUUUCACAGAGAUGGUAAAUGCCAUCUCUAAACUUAUAGGAGAUUGGUUUUAUAUUUAGAUUUAUAUAACUGGUUAUAUUAAUAUAUUUAAAUACUGAAGAAAUCCCUUCACUGUCUCAGAACCAGCAAGACUCAGCUGUGUUUCAAGUUGUGUUUGUUAGCCUGUUAAAGGCAAGGGUUGAAGAUAAGCUGGCAGUGUCCACUUUAUCUUUUUGGUCUUAACUAUGCCAAUUUAAUUAAAAUUCUCUGCAUCUAAGAUGUUGUCUUUUGCUUAAUGGAAGGCAUUUUAGUGUGGUUUAUGUUUAAUAUUAAAGGAUAACACCUCACAUUUUAUAGAUGAUCUAUAAGGUCAGAUGCUUUUAAAAUUCAGUGUGACAAUAUUUAGCAGCAGACUUGGCUUGUGAAUUCUGUACUACGACUAAGUUAUAAUUCAGAAUUGUCUUCUAAACAGCUAUGCAAAGACACAGCUGUGGAAAUACCAUAUAUGUAUGAUUGGUAAUGGUGCUUUUGCCAACUUGUUAGAAGGAUUAAAAUAAAGAGAUCUAUCAUCAGCACAAAUUUGUAAAUUAUGUGAUGAGGCUUAAGAUAAUUAAAAACAAAAUCACAGAUCA